GUUUGCUAGAGUCGCUAUGUCUGGACGUGGCAAACAGGGCGGCAAAGCUCGCGCCAAGGCCAAGACUCGCUCUUCUCGGGCGGGUCUUCAGUUUCCUGUGGGUCGCGUACACCGUCUGCUCCGCAAAGGCAACUAUGCCGAGCGGGUCGGAGCUGGCGCCCCCGUGUACCUGGCGGCGGUGCUGGAGUAUUUGACCGCCGAGAUCCUGGAGCUUGCGGGCAACGCGGCUCGCGACAACAAGAAGACCCGCAUUAUUCCUCGCCACUUACAGCUGGCCAUCCGCAAUGAUGAGGAGCUCAACAAGCUGCUGGGCAAAGUCACUAUCGCGCAAGGUGGUGUACUGCCCAACAUCCAGGCUGUACUGCUGCCCAAGAAGACCGAGAGUCACCAUAAAACCAAGUAAGGAGCGAGGUUAGGAAUGCCGAAAAACAAAGGCUCUUUUCAGAGCCACUUAAACUGUCUUAGAAAAAGCUGGACACACUAUCUGUUGGCGA